GGAAGGUGUUGGUCGUCGGCUCAAGGAGGAAUAUAAUCCUACGGUUUCUUGUGAUUCUAAUCGACGAGCAUCUUUUAUAUAGUAAUUAGCAGUUGUCUGAUUCUUUGAAGAGAAAAAAAAGGUUGCAGUUACUAGGAAAAUGCGUGAGUGCAUCUCCGUCCACGUGGGCCAGGCUGGAACACAGAUGGGGAACUCUUGCUGGGAACUUUAUUGCCUGGAACAUGGGAUUCAGGCCGACGGCACGAUGUCCUCCGAUAAAGUUGGCGGAGACGAUUCCUUCAACACCUUCUUCAGCGAGACCGGGUCGGGAAAGCACGUUCCGAGGGCGGUGUUCAUCGAUCUCGAAGCUUCGGUCAUUGGCGAGAUAAGAACAGGCUGUUACCGCCAGCUCUUCCACCCCGAGCAGCUCAUCACCGGCAAGGAGGACGCCGCCAACAACUACGCUCGAGGCCACUACACGAUAGGCAAAGAAAUCGUCGACAUCGUCCUCGACCGAAUCCGGAAAUUGGCCGACAACUGCACCGGCCUGCAAGGUUUCCUGAUCUUCCACUCGUUCGGCGGCGGCACCGGGUCUGGCUUCACUUCCCUGCUGAUGGAGAGGCUGUCGGUGGACUACGGCAAGAAGAGCAAGCUGGAGUUCGCCAUCUACCCCGCCCCGCAGGUCGCCACGGCCGUCGUCGAGCCCUACAACUCCAUCCUGACGACCCACACCACCCUCGAACACUCAGACUGCGCCUUCAUGGUCGACAACGAGGCCAUCUACGACAUCUGCCGCAGGAACCUCGACAUCGGACGGCCCUCUUACACCAAUCUGAACCGCCUGAUUGGCCAGAUCGUCUCGUCCAUCACGGCGUCUCUCCGAUUCGACGGUGCCCUUAAUGUCGACCUGACGGAGUUCCAGACCAACUUGGUGCCCUACCCCAGGAUCCACUUCCCUCUCGUCACCUACGCCCCCGUCAUCUCGGCGGAGAAGGUAUACCACGAACAGCUCUCGGUCUCGGAGAUCACCAACGCGUGCUUCGAACCCGCCAACCAGAUGGUCAAAUGCGACCCCCGCCACGGCAAGUACAUGGCCUGUUGUCUGCUGUACCGCGGCGACGUCGUGCCCAAGGAUGUGAACGCCGCCAUCGCAGGCAUCAAGACGAAGCGCAGCAUCCAGUUCGUGGACUGGUGCCCCACGGGCUUCAAAGUGGGCAUCAACUACCAGCCGCCGACCAUCGUUCCCGGCGGAGACUUGGCUAAGGUGUCGCGCGCCGUGUGCAUGCUCUCCAACACCACCGCCAUCGCCGAGGCCUGGGCGCGCCUCGACCACAAGUUCGACCUGAUGUACGCCAAGAGGGCCUUCGUGCACUGGUACGUGGGCGAGGGCAUGGAGGAGGGCGAAUUCACGGAGGCGCGCGAGGACCUGGCGGCGCUCGAGAAAGACUACGAGGAAGUGGGCUGCGACUCGGGUGAAGCAGGAGAGGAUGACGGCGAGGAGUACUAAGUUGUAUACAUUAUUUAAUGGUUUUGAAAGCU